AUGAAAAAUAUAAAAGAUGAAUUAAAUAACAGUAAACUUAAUUUAGAAAAUAAAUCAACAAAAUUAACUCAUAUGAUUGGCAGAUUAGGAGAAUCAAAAGGAAAUUUUUUUCUUUUAAGAAAAAAAAUUAAUGAAUAUUUUAAAAAAAAAUACCAAUACAAAAAUAUUAGCAGUAAUGAAUUUACCGUAAAUCAAUAUAAAAAAAAAAAAAAAUGUAUAAAACCUAUAAAUUUAUUGAAUUUAAAGUAUAUAUGUGAAAAUAAGGAUAGUGUAAAAUUGAAUUGUUUAAAUAAUGAAAAGAAAAAUACCCUUUCUUAUAAAAACAAAUAUUUGAAAAAAUAUUCAAAUAUAUCUAGUAGUAAUAGUACAAGCAAAACAUGUAUAAUACCAAUAGACGAAAAUUUAGAAAAAGAAGAAUAUUGCAGAACCAAAAACUUACAUUAUAUAUAUAAAAAUAAUGUAGAAAAUGUACAUAAUAAGAAAUAUGAAAGAAAAAAUAAAUAUAAAAAUAAUGAAAAAAAUAUAAUUCAGAAAAAAAGAAAAAAAAAAGAAAUAAGAAAUAAAUUAACAGAAUAUAAUAAAAGAAAUUUCAUUUAUGAAAAUUCAAGAUGGAAGUCAAGGUUGAAUUAUAUAAAAUGUAUGAUGUCUUACUCUCUAAAGUUGGGUGUUAUAUGGAGAUUUCCUUAUGCAUGUUAUAUUAAUGAAGGAGGGUGUUUUUUAUUUGCAUAUUUCGUAUGUAUAUUAUUAAUAGGAUUUCCCAUGUUUUUAUUAGAAAUAACUAUUGGCCAAAAAUAUCAAAAAUCCUUUAUAUAUUGUUUUAAAGAAUUAUGUGAAAAAUUAAUAGGCAUACCUAUUUCAUCUAUAUUAAUUAUAAUUUUAUGUAUUAUAUAUUUUUAUGCAAUAUCAUCAUGGGUAUUAUUAUAUUUUAUAAAAUCUUUUAAUUUUUUUUUGCCUUGGAGCAAUGGAGGCUUAAACAAAUCAGACUCUGCAAAACGUUUUUUGUUAAUAGAAAUUUUAAAUAAGUCAGAAACAUUAUCUUUUAAUGAAUUAGCGUUUAAUAAAAUAAAUACUUCAUUAUUUGUAUGUGUAGCAAUAAUUUUUAUUAUACUACUUCUUUUUUUAACAAUGAAAAAAAAAAAAAAAAAAAAAUUCUUUGAUUUAAUGAAAUACAAAGACUUCUUCUUAUGCAUCCUUUUAUUUUUAUUAUUUAUUAGAUCAAUAUCAUUAGAGGGAUCUUUAGAUGGUAUACAUUAUUAUUUAAAAAUAAACUUUCAGAAAUUAAAAAAUGGAUCAUUGUGGGUUUCUGCAGGCUCUCAAAUAUUUUACUCUUUAGGUAUUUCAUGGGGAGAACUAAUUAAUUAUGGGAGUAAAAAUAAAAAAAAAAAUAAUCUGGUCAAAGAUUGUUUAAUUAUGGUUUCGUUAAAUACAAUAACAUCGUUUUUUAUCGGUUUUACUGUAUUUUCAAUAAUUGGUUUUAUGUCCAGUAUAUCUAAGAUGCCAAUAAAUGAAGUAGGAAACAUAAGUCUAGGGUUACCCUUCGUUGCAUAUUCUUUAGGAAUUAAAGAAAUUUCAAAUUUUUCAUUUUUUUCUUUUUUUUUUUUUGGUGUAUUAUUAAUUACUUGUAUAGAAUCUUUAUUGUCAAUGAUUGAUAUGGUUGUCAAAACUACUUUUAGCUUGUUAAAUAUCAGGAGAAAAAAUAUGGGGAAAAAAAAAAAAAAAAAAAUUAUUAUCAUGAUAUGUAUUUUUAUAUUUUUAACUAAUAUUUUUUUAACAUAUCCAUCUGGUUCUUAUUUGGUUGAUAUAAUGGAUUUUAUAUCAGGAAUUGCAACCAUUUACAUCCUUGCCUUAUGUGAAAUUUUUGCUCUAUUAAAGUAUUAUAAAAUCGUAAAUUUUGUAAAUGAUAUUUAUUAUAUGACAAAAAUUAGAUUACAUUUUUUUUUUAUAUUUUUGUAUUUAUAUAUAAUACCAUUUUUAUUAACUUUAUUAUUUUGUAUAAGUAUUUGCUUUCUUAUUAUUCCUCAUCAACAUAUGACGACUAACCAAAAAGAAACAGAGAAAAAUAUAGAUAAAAGAAAAAGUUGUUCUGAUAAUUCUUCAUGUAAUAUGCAUGGAAUAUGCAUAGAUAAUGUAUGUGUGUGUAAUGCUGGAUGGAAAAAUUAUGAUUGUUCAGAACCAUAUUAUAAAAUACAUUAUCAAAAAGAUAAAAAUAAUAAAGAUAUAAAUAAUGACAUUAUAAAUGAAACUAUAUUGAGAUAUGAAGAACCUAAUAAAAGCAAUAACAACAAUGAUAGUAAAGAAAAUUAUAGUAUAAAAGAUAGUAAAAAUUGUGAUAUAGUUAAUAAUAAGGAUAGUAAUUGCAAUAAUAAUAUUGAGGAUGAGGAAUUUAUUAAAAAAGAAAAUGUAGAAUUUAUUGAUGACAUUUUGUCAAAGCACAAUGUAAAGCUAAUUUAUCAAACAAAAUUUGAUUUUAAUUUUUUAGAUGACACUGAUGUUGAUUAUUCUAUAAUUCCUUUGAACGAAUUUGAUGAAAUUUUAAAAAAAUAUUAUAUAGAACAUAUGGAAAAUGGUAAAAUUGAAAUGAAAGAUAAAUUAAAUGUAGUAGAAGAAAAGAAUAAAUGGUUUAAUAAAAAAAUUGAUUUUAAUAACAUUCAUUACAAAAGUUUUACAUAUGAUAAUUUUGUAAUAACUCCACUUUUAUCUUGCCCUGAAUUUUGUAAUGAAAACAUAGGAAGAGGAAUAUGCAUAAAUGAGUUAUUUUUAGAAAAAAAUUGGAUAAAUAAUAGUACUAUUUUAAAUUUUUUUACUGAAAAUAAUACAAGUGAUGAUGAUAUUUUAAAUUUUUACACUCAAAAUAUUUAUAAUUAUAUAGGUAAGUGUGUAUGUAAUGUUGAAUUUACAGGAAAAUCUUGUUCACAAAAUAGAUAUAUAAAAGGGUAUCCUUCUUUUUUUCUUUUGAUUGGAUGGAUAUUUGUUAUUAUUACAUUAUUACCUAUUCCAUUAGUUUUCUUUUUUUCAAGAAUUAGGAAUAUUUUUGUGAAGUUUUUAAAUAGAAAUAAUAGAAAUAUUUAUAAAAAUAUAAAUAGAAGGUAUAAAAAGAAAAAAUAUAAUAUAAUAUCUGAUAUUCCAAUUACUCUAUCAAAAUCAAAAAAAAGGCAAAAACAUUGUAAUUUUAAUACUUAUGAUGAAUCAAAUAGCAAUUUUCAAAAUUUUUCGAAAUAUAAAAAAAAUGAUAUUUUAGAUAAUAAUAUAUAUAACUCAUUAAAUAAUAAAUUUUAUUUUAUCUUUAAAAGAAAAAAAAAGAGGAUAUUAAAAAAAAAUUUUUUGGGACAGUAA